AUGAUUCUCAACAUUAGUAAAGACAUACAUUCCGAAAUUUAUUUGAUAGAGAUAUAGAUUUAUUUGAUACAGAUAAAUGCCUGAUAUCUCCUUGCAUUCUACGCAAUAUCGAGGUGGAACUUUGAUUGCUGCAGUUAAUCGAUAAUCUGAAACUCAAUUAGAAACGUAGACAAUCCACUUUGGCUAACUGACUACGCUGUUACGUAGCAAAUUAUAAGUAAGUAAUUAUUUAAACGAUUGUUCUACGCUAUAUUCUAUACAAUAAUAUACGUAUCGAAUUCUUCGCAAGACCUAUUGGGGUUAAUUCAACGCAGUAACCUCCUAACAACCUCUAUUCUUUGCAUGUCGUUGCCCUCUAUACCUAAAAUAAACGUAAUCAUACUCACAUCUGUACACCUUGUAGUCUUGAAUUUGACACGAUCUUUGAAAAUUUUAGUAAACAAUAAAGCUAAUUAUUUCUGACGAUCAUUUAGCAUGUUCCUCGUCGCCAAGAUGAAUUUUUUUUUUUUUUUUUUUAAUACGGAAAAAUAAUAUAAAUAAACUUUAGUUAAUCUCUAUUAAAAAAUUACAAUUGACUCGUAGAUAUUAAUUUCUGUGAAGAUAAUUAAUGGCCUACAAUAUUAGAUAUAAAUAUCAUUUAAUUUUAUAUAUCACUUACUACAAUGAAUCUAUAGUCUUCUUGUAUUUAAUUGGAACAAGAAGACAAAAUAUAUUUCAAAUAAAUAAUUCAUUAGAUCGUACAAUAUAUCACCUCACUCUGCCACCAACAUUAAUAUUAAUUUGCCGUAUACGUAAAGAAAUUGCCACUUUUGAGAUAUGUCCAAAUCUGAUAUAUUUCUGCAUUACAGUUGAUCAUCUCUCGAUAGAGAAACACGAGGGAACGAGAGGGGCAGAGCUGGAAUGUCGGAAUCGUAAAUGUUUCGGUUUAAUGGCACCGGGGGAAACCGGUGACUUCUGUAACGACCAUUAUCACGGAGGGUCUGCACUGGACGUCGAGCUAACAAGGAGAGUAGGGACGACGCUCGAGGAGGGUACCGAGGUCGCGGUCGCGGUCGAGACUUCCGGUUCUUGGAGGCGCGUACGCGCCAGCUCAGAGACGCCGUGGGAACCGACUUCCUCCGCGAAGUGGCGGCAAGACGUGUCUUUGAAGGGAUGUCACCCCUCGUGGAGGCGGGAUGAAACUGGAAUCAAACGACGACGCGUUGGAAUUUACUUGUUCGUCGAUUUGCGGCGACGCACAGAUUGACGGGGAGGAUCGUUCCGCCUGGUGAUAUGGAACUGUGGUUAAGGUAAUACGGUUUGUCGGCUGCAGAGAGGGUAAGAUCGUUCUCUUGUUGCGAUUAACCCAUUAAAGGCUAAUAUUGCAUCGAUCCGACGUUUCAUUCGCAAUUCUUUUUGAUCUGAAUUAUCGAAUUGUAUUUUUUUAAUGCUGCCGCUACGAGGAGAAGAUUUCAAAGGAUUUUUAUCAUUAACUCAUCCGACCACGAUUCUAUGCAAAUUCAAGAAAUCCAAGUAUUAUGAUCUUAAUGGAUUUAAAACAAAGUUUCAGUUUUGUACGCGCUUGCAAAAAUUGUAAGAACGAGCGAUGUUUCAACAUUGUAUUAUCAUUGUAAAGAUGUUGUAUCUUUCUUUCAAAGUUGAUAUUAAAU